UUGCGCAAGUCCGACCCGACCGCCUGCUGGGUGUUGAUUUUGUUCUCGUCGGGCACCUUUGAGCGCGAGAGCGUGAAUCUGUGUUUGGACUCUGCUGAUGGUGGAGGUGGCGGUGGAGCUUUUUUUGUGGCUGGCACGGCCGGAGCAGACACUUUUGGGGGUGCCGGCGCGGCUGUCGGUGCCACCGAUGGAGUGUACGUGGGCGAGGGGGGAGCCGGUGCUGGCGGUGCAGGAGCUGGUGGAGGCGGUGCAGAGGGUGCCUUGGUAGCCGGCAGCGAGGGAGCUGGCGCCGGAGGAGGCGGUGGAGUCGGCAAAGCAGCGGACGGAGGAAGAGUAGAGGGUGCUGCGGAAGCAGGAACAGGUGGCUGUGGAGGUGCUGGAGGUGCUGCUGGGGCUGCUGGGGGCGUAGGUGGGGCCGAUGGGAUGGCUGGGACAGACGAUUUUGGCAUGCCAGGCACUGGGGGCGCCGGAGGCGCUGCUGCAGGGGUAGGCGGGGCGGGAGGCACGGCUGUGUUCUUAGCCGGCUCCUUGGGAGCAGCAGGUGCGCUGACAGCAGGUACUGGCGGCGCGGCCAUGGAGGGCACGGCAGAGGCCUGUUGCUGUGGUGGUUUUUCUAUCUUUACGUCCUCCUCGCUGACCACGUGCGAGUCGUCUCUUCUGGCGUUGAUCUCUGCUAGGAACGGAAGAGCGUCCGGCGAGGGGCCAGAGCUGGCAGCCGGAGCGGGCAGUUUCGAGGGCCCGGAAGAGGUGUUCUGUGGGCGUGUUGCUGGGGCAGAUGGAAUUGGUGGUGGAGGGGGGACUGCUGAUGACGACGGUGGAGGAGGAGCAGACGUGGACGGCAAAGGAGGGGUCGGGACAGACGAAGAGGGAAGGGGAGGAGGCGCUGGUGCCGAUGAGGAAGGCAUGGGAGGCGGCGGUGGGGCCGCGGACGAGGGCACUGGCGGCGGUGCGCCAGGAACAGGAGGUGCCGAGGACGUAGGCGCUGCUGGCGCUGCUGGCACUGAAGGCGCAGUUCCUGGGACGGGAGGCGCACUCCAACUUUUGGAGUCGCGUUUUGGGCGUGCCGAGGGCACCGCCGGUAUUGCUGGCGCUGCCGACGCUUUUGCGGUGUCACCUCUGUGUCUAAGUUUUGGCAGUCCACCCGCAAAGAUAUCGCCCAAUUGCGGCACUCCUGCAGGGACUGCUGGCGCAGAAGGCACAGCCGGCGCACUGGGGGUGCUGAUUGCUGGGGAAGACGAAUUGGACUCCACAAGACCACCGACCAUGGGCUUCGAGCGGUCAUUGGUGACCGCCUUUUUCAGGGUCUUGCCCUUGCGGAUGUCGCCAAGCAGCGCGUCUCUAUCUGGAGUCACCUUGGGCAGCUUGGCCGGCGCCUGUGAAGGCGGCCCGCCCAUUGGCGGCGCCGGAGGAGGAGGAGGUGGCGGAGGAGCUGACAUGGAAUAUUAG